AUGGCCACUCGUCAAGAUCCCCUGAGGAUUGUCCUGCUGGGAAAAACUGGAAGUGGGAAAAGCAGCUUGGCCAACACCAUAUUUGGAGAGACGGUGUUUGAGAUAGGUCAUGCUGCAAACUCUGAAACAAGUCAGUGUAGAGAAGCUACCAGCGUGGUGAAUGGAACAUCUGUCUCUAUAAUUGACACUCCUGGUUUCUUUGACAAUCGCACGUCUGAAGAGGAUCUGAGGAAUGAGAUUACAAGGAGUGUUGUAGAGUGUUCUCCUGGACCUCACGCUUUUCUUAUUUUACUGAAAGUGGAGAGAUACACAGAUCAAGAGAAUGAGGUUAUUACCAAAAUCAUAAAGUCUUUUUCUGAAGAAGCUUUCAGAUAUGCUGUGCUUGUCUUCACUCAUGGUGACCAGCUUGAAGGAAUGCAGAUUGAAGAGUUUUGCAGGGGCAACAAACGUCUACUUAAGUUGUUAGUGAGAUGUGGUGGGCGCUGCCAUGUCUUUGAUAACAAACACUGGAACAACAACCCACAGGAUGAAUACAGAAACAACCAACUGCAGAGGGAAAAGCUGCUCAACACAAUAACAGAGAUGGUGAGGAACAAUGGUGGAGGCUGUUACACAAAUGAGAUGCUGCAAGAAGUGGAGAAGGCAAUACAACAACAGCAAGAGAGAAUUAGAUCAUCAUCUUCAGGAGACAUGCCAUGGGAAGAAAUCAGAGAGGAGGCAAAGAAGAGAGUCUACAAUGCUCUCAAGAUGGCUUCUGGUGUUACCACAGGGAUGUUGUUGGGAGCACUGCUUGGUGUGCCAAUGAUGAUUGCAAAAGUUCUUACAAUACUGGAGACUUUAACAAUGCCAGUAAGAAUACCAGCAAGCACUGGAGUGGCAGGAGUGGCACUAGGGGCAACACAGGGAAAUCUUCCAAAAACUGGUGUUGGAUUGGGUACGGUUGCAGGCAUUGCUGCUACUGCAGGAGCAAUAGGUGGGGGUUAUGUAGGAUAUCGUGAAGCUGAUGAAGCAGAUUCAAUAAAGGAGGCAGUUAUGAACACAGCUGAGGCUCUUGUUAAUGGACCAAGCACCAUUACGGACUACAAAGCCAGGGACACUGCGCCGACCAAUGCCGACUCUGCCUUCACCAACGAGCUGAACCAGUUCUACGCCCGCUUCGAGGUUAGCCAGGCGGCUAAUGCUAACUACUGCCCGACCACUGAGGACAGUGACGUCAUCAGUGAGAGACCGGUGAUCAGCAUCGCGGAGCAUGACGUCCGAGUGGCACUGAGGAGAGUGAACACAAGGAAAGCGGCGGGGCCAAACUGCAUCAUCGGCCGUAUGCUGCGCUGCUGUGCUGACCAGUUAGCAGGUGUGUUCACUUCCAUCUUCAACAAGUCCCUGGCGAAGUCUGUGGUCCCCACAUGCUUCAAAAGAUCCACCAUCAUCCCUGUGCCCAAGAACCUGGUAUCAUGGUGCCGGGACAACCACCUCCAACUGAACGUUGGCAAGACCAAGGAGCUGGUGGUCCAGACCAAAAAGGCUAGGCAGCACCUGUAUUACCUACGACAACUGAGGAAGUUCAGGGUCUCUCCAGUGAUCCUCAGGAUUUUCUAUAUGUGUUGA